GGCUUUACUGAUUGAGCCACCCAGAUGCCCCAUUAAAUUUCUCAGUUUUAAUGUAAGAAGUUUUGAUAGACAUAGCACACAUAAAAGUACCUCUCUGGUGUCCUCAGUACUUUUCAAGAGUGUAAAGGGGUCCUGAGACCAAAAAUGUGAGAACCUCUGAUCCACAAUAUCAUGUUUUAAUAGCUGAUUUAGUUCAUUGCACUGGAGUAUCGUAAUUCAUUUAAUUAGUAAGUAAUGCCAAAGAAUAAGAUCCUUAAAGUUAAAUUUGUGUACACUCUUAAUUACUUCUUUAAAAUAAUUUUCAGGGAUGAUUUUUAACAUGCAUACUUAUUUACUUACUGUACAAAAAUGGACUAACAUCAUUAAUGUAAUCCACCCCCUCAGCCAAUCAACACUUUCCAUUCUUUCUGUUUUGACUACUAGUUUAAGACUUUAUCACUAGGUCACCAUUUCCAAGGGGAAAGUACCUUGUGGCUCAUCUAGCCCAGUGGGCUCCAACUUAAUCACUUUGAAAUCUUUUUAAAAAGCAAAUUCCCAGGGUUGUGGGAAAGAACUGAGCAUAAAUCUCAAAUGCCUUUAUCUACAUGUUUACUGUCGGUGGAAUCAAUUCAUUCUUCUAAAGUACAGGCUGAAAUGAGUGCUGCGUCAUACAUGCUCCUGGAGCCCUCUCCUACUGAGGAUUGGGGCGGUGCGCUGUAGCCGUCUGUGUAGCCGUCUGUCCAUCCUCUCCGAAGACCAGUGGCCUCCUUCUUGAACAGCACCCACGGCGCCUCCGCUCUUCUAUUUCCCGUGCUAAGCCCAGGGCCAGGCACUCACUGAGGGCGCAGCAAAUUUUCGUGAACUGCUGAACGAAGGCUCUACCCUAGCAGAUCCUUAUUCAGUAGGUCUCAGACAGAGCCCAGAAACGUGCAGUUUUAAUAAAUCCUGCCUCCGACGUGAGAUAACAAGAGUUCAAGGGUAACGGGCUGGGCUGCUCCACCACUAGGUGCCUCCGUCUUGAAUCCCCAUAACGGGACAGAUACAGCUGCCUCACAGGGUUGCCGCGGGGAGUCACUGAGCUAAUGCACGUCGCAUUCUCGGCUCCGUGAAGAACACACGCCAAGCGCUGAGAAUGGGCCUCACAGAAAGUAAGCCGCAGCCCCAGCUUCCUGGGAGUUGAUUCUCUUUGAAGAAACAUGAAGACACACUGUGUUGUUAUGCUUACUCUAGCCAUCCUGGUGUUCCUGACAUGGGUCCCUGUGUCACUGAGUUGUAACAAAGCACUCUGUGCUAGUGAUGUGAGCAAAUGCCUCAUUCAGGAGCUCUGCCAGUGCCGACCUGGAGAAGGAAAUUGUUCCUGCUGCAAGGAGUGUAUGUUGUGUCUUGGGACCCUUUGGGAUGAGUGCUGUGAUUGCGUUGGUAUGUGUAAUCCUCGAAACUAUAGUGACACGCCUCCAACCUCAAAGAGCACCGUGGAAGAGCUUCAUGAGCCAAUCCCUUCUCUCUUCCGGGCACUCACAGAAGGAGACACUCAGUUGAACUGGAACAUCGUUUCCUUCCCUGUUGCAGAAGAACUCUCACAUCAUGAGAAUCUGGUUUCAUUUUUAGAAACUGUGAACCAGCCACACCAUCAAAAUGUGUCUGUUCCUAGCAAUAAUGUUCACGCACCUUAUUCCAGUGACAAAGAACACAUGUGUACUGUGGUUUAUUUUGAUGACUGCAUGUCCAUACAUCAGUGUAAAAUAUCCUGUGAGUCCAUGGGAGCAUCCAAAUAUCGCUGGUUCCAUAACGCCUGCUGUGAGUGCAUUGGUCCAGAGUGCAUCGACUAUGGUAGUAAAACUGUCAAAUGUAUGAACUGCAUGUUUUAAAGGAGAAGAAUGCAAACCAAAGCAAUUUAGUCAAGAAGAAAGAUAUAAAAAGCUAUUUGGUGAGGUCUACUGGUUGCACCAGAAUGCCAGCAGGUUAAGAAGAUAUAAAGAAUUUGGACUGAGUUGAAGUAUGACAAAUGCAGUAAUGUGUUAAAUUAUAACUGCUCUGGUUGAUUUUAUAGCCCACUGGCAAUAAGCCCCUUCCCCAUAUACAUUUACAACUUUGGUCGUAUGAGAAGCAAAUACACAGAGAAUUCCUUGAAAGAUCUGAGGUCUCUGACAUAAAGCCUGAUGUCAUUUUUUUCUAGCAUUCCAAAAUCCUUUGGUUUUGAAAGUGUUAGAGCAUGUUAAUGUAAGUUAUGAUUUCUUCAUUUACUACUACUGGGACACUGAGUUUUUCCAGUUGUACGCUAGACUUCAUUCACUGUGCCUUGACUCAUUUAUCUCCUUUAUCUAGAUAUUCAAAUAUAUCACCCUGAGAACUCACAUAAAAAUCACCAUUAAAAGCUUAAUUUCAAACCUUGUAAUGUUGGUUUUAGAAAGUAAAUGCUUAAUACGUUUUACAGUUUAAAACUUUUAUACAGUAGAAUCCAUCCUAUAAUACACAUGUUGACAGAACUUUGGGGAAAGUUUCUCCUUCUCUUACAGCCCCUUGCCCAAAGGACUGAUGUAGGUAGUGAUAAAAGAAUUUUGAACAAGAAUUUCAAGGCACACCUAUAUCACUGCCUUAAAUAUUCUGCUAAGUAAGUAAUGAGAAAGUUAAAGCAUUUCUCUGACUUAAGGUACCAGCUUAAAGAGCACUAGGAAUGGGAAAUGCCUGCCAAAUCAGACGCUACUUAGAGCACUAGGGAAAUGGCUUGUCCCGUUGUACAGAGAUGGCAAGGCAUGCUGCUGGGUAGAGAGAACGAGCCCACUCAGCCUUAGCAUGGGCAGAGCCAUGUUCCCCAAUGAUGAGUGAUAGGGGAUAAAGAAGAAACUUAAUGGGUAUGAGCAGGGAGGGUUGAAAGUGCUAGCAAUUUUUAUGGGAAACAAACCUAAAACUAUUUACAUUAAUUAUUUUAUUAUAUUGUAAUCUUUCCUUUAGGUUUCUGUCUGGAUUGAAUGUUCUUAUUAAACAAAUAUAAUCCUACAGUGGGAGGUUAAGAUUAUGAAAUGAAAAAGAGAUCUGUUCAAGAUGAUGUUAACUGUAGACUGUUCUGUUUUACAUGUUUCAAUAAUGAUAAACUUAAAUACUAUGUACCCUUCAUCAUAAUAAAAUCCCAGUCUUCAAGCAUGAAUCUAAAACAUAAAUAUUUAUAUUACAGAGACUCUUAAUUUUACAAAAUUAUUAAUUUCUUCAGUACAUUAUGAAUUACGAGUAACUUGUAGAAAUAUCUUUUUAUAUGUCUAAAUAUUUUAGUACAUAAAAAUAGCUAAUGCUCUUAGAAACUUUGUAUUCAUUAUAUGAAUAGUAGUUACAAGAUCAUAUGUAAUAUCAUGAUUAACUGUCAUAAAAUCUAAAGCCUUAAUACCUUUUCUGUUCUUUCAGACAACUCUAAUGAAUACUCAAGGUACUUUAGCCUUUUCAAAAACUUUUGGCUUUUCAAAAAAAAAGGCUAAAAUUUAGCUCUUGUAUGUAUUUUUAAAAUAGGAAAACAUUGGGAUAUCUUUUUCUUCCUUUUACCUAGAAUGCCUCUGUUUAAAAGUGCCUUGAAAACAUUUUAGCUCCCCUUCCUCAUUAAUGCCUAUAAAGCUAAAGGUUUUCUUAAAACCUUUUAAACUUAAAAAAGAGAAAGUUUUAAAAGAAUCUGCAUCCAGCUUCUUCAUUUCCACUUUGCUAUUCUUCAAAGUAAUUUCAUACCUAUGAAUAAAGAAAUCGUUUUUUGUUUAUUGACAGCCUGCUUAAUGUUGCCUUAAAUAUGUCAACAAAUGUUUUUUAACUGCAUUUAUCACCUUGAUUAGGCUCUUGUUAUUAAAUUUUCAAAUGUAAUAUCUCUUUUGCCCCUAUACUGGGAGGGUAAUUUCUUGAACCAUGUUGUUUUUGAUCUGGUUUUCCUUUUAUCUUUUUCUCCCAAUAGAAAUUACCCCAAAUGUAAUGGUAAAUUUUAUAUUCAAUUUUACUUAGUUUUUGUGGUUUAUGAUGGGGUUGAAAGACAGAGUUCACCUAAAAGAUUCCAUUUCCAGUUUAUAAUGUAUUUCAGAUUUUGAAUAACAAUGUUUUCCAAAUUAAAAAUAUAACAUUUGAGAAAUCAGUAGCCCCACUAAAAUUUAGACCUUUUAUUACUAUUCUAAGUACAAUUCACUUCUAUAUUGAAGCUCUGGUAAAAAUUCUUUCUUUUUUUAAAUGAAAAAUUAGGUUGUUAACUUUUUUAUAACUAGAUAAAAAGAACUGAAAUAGUAGGUAUUAUAUAAGCCAUAUAUAAAAAGUUCUUUCCUCCUAAUUAGUUUUUUGUCCCUCCCCACCCCAAUUAGCAUCAAAUUAUUGCAGAAAUUGUACUCAAAAUAGUGGCACCAAAUCAAAUGAUAAUUCAAAUAAAGCAAGUCUUUGUUUACAUAGAAUGCUAUAAAGAGAGGCUUUCAUUUAAAAAAAACUAUUUCUAAAGAUUCAGAAAACAAAAUUGGUAAGAUAUUAGAAUAUUGGAACAAUUACUUAUAAAGCAGAGUACCAUCAAAAUAGAGAAAAGAAACUCAGACUUCUGAAAAAUGAGGUAAAUAUAAAUAAGCCACAUAUUUAAAGUUUGUUUUUGCAAAAGCUUCUUUGAAGAUUUUAAAAAUCUAUUUUACAUUCCCCAGAGUCUAUGUUAAUUGUAUUUCACAUGAUCUACAACAUACAGAAUUACGUAUUUUUUCUUUGGUUGUCCCUAUAAGCAAAAGAGUAUUUUAAUAAAAAAUUGAAAUGA